CCAUGGCCUCCACCGCGCUCUCCACCGCCUCCAACCCCACCCAGCUCUGCCGGACCCGCGCGAGCGCGCUGUGCAAGCCCGUCAAGGGCCUGGGCUUCGGCCGGGAGCGCGUCCCGAGGAACAUCACCUGCAUGGCCGGCAGCAUCUCCGCGGACCGCGUGCCGGACAUGAGCAAGAGGGAGCUGAUGAACCUGCUCCUGCUGGGCGCCAUCUCGCUCCCCACCUUCGGCAUGCUCGUCCCCUACGGCUCCUUCCUCGUCCCGGCCGGCUCCGGGAGCAACGCCGGAGGCGUCGCCGCCAAGGACAAGCUCGGCAACGACAUCCUCGUCGAGGACUGGCUCAAGACGCACGGCCCCAACGACCGCACGCUCGCCCAGGGGCUCAAGGGUGAUCCUACCUACCUUGUGGUGGAGUCCGACAAGACCCUCGCCACCUACGGGAUCAACGCCGUCUGCACGCAUCUUGGAUGCGUCGUGCCGUGGAACGCCGCCGAGAACAAGUUCCUCUGCCCCUGCCAUGGAUCCCAGUACAACAACCAGGGCAAGGUCGUCCGUGGGCCUGCACCUCUGUCGCUGGCCCUGGUUCACGCGGACGUUGACGACGGCAAGGUCGUCUUCGUGCCGUGGGUGGAGACCGACUUCAGGACCGGCGACAACCCGUGGUGGAAAUAAGCGACGCAACUCCGGCAGCAAUGCUCACUUGUGUGAUAUGUUAAGCCUCCUGCCAGUCCUAAGAACGCUGCUAUAAGACUACUCCUGCUAUAAAUGCACCUGUUUCUUGUAUCCAGUUAUAUGUAUACAGUCUAUGGAAGGAGAAACCUUUUUCAUUGCAUA